CAUGUUCGUGUAGUACCCUGACACUAUCCAAGAUUUGUAUGAAAAAUACAAGUUUUGCAUAAAUGGCUAACAAUCUGUUGAUUGGCGUAAUAGACACCGAACAAGAAGUUGAGGACCAAUUGAGUGACUAUUCUUCCUUUCGGAUCAAUAAAAUAGGUGGUUAUCCGGUGUUGAGUCCCGAAUCCAAAAGUGGUAUCGUUUGUCACUUAAAUUCAUUGGUCUGUGAUUUGUGUCAAAAACAAUUGACUUUUAUUUCCCAAAUCUAUUGUCCAGUCGAUGAGACACUCAUUGAUCGCGUCAUCUAUUUAUACGUUUGUAUUAAUAGUGAAUGCAAUCAAAACAAAUGGUAUGCUUUCAGAUCAGUCACACCACUGAUCCAAACGCCAAGUACUUCACCACAAGAAUCCAGUGAUAAUAAGAAUGAUAUGUGGAUUGAAGGACAGGACGAUUGGGGAACCGAUGAGACCGAGAGUGAAGCUGUGGUCACCGAUGAGAUCAAUGUCUGCGCGGACUUGAUCUCCAAACUUGAUGUCCAAACAUCUGGUGAAACCACCACUAAUUGCGUGACACUUAUAGCCAACAAAAGCGCACAAUUUUAUCGACCACUUUAUGUCAAUGUAAUCGAUGAACCAAUCGGUGGUGACAUCGAUGACAAACACGUGAACCAAUUGAUCCACUCGUAUGAGACUACUGAUGGAAAAAUCGUUUCAGACACGAGCGCUACUAAAGGCAACGAAAUGUUUGAACAAAACUUUUUGGACACGAUUUACAAAAGCGAUCGACAAAACUAUAAGUUCUUCAAACGAUUGUCUAUUUGUCCGAAACAAGUGAUUCGCUACCAAUUGAUGGGCAGUCCAUUAGUGAACAGCGAUAGCCAUAAACUGAUUGUCCCGAAGUGCGAGUCCUGUGGCGCCGAUAGAUGUUUUGAAUUGCAAUUAAUGCCGGCUUUGAUUAGUUAUUUAAGACCAUUAGUGCCAACAAAAUUGUGCGUUGACUUAGACUUUGCCUCAAUCCUGGUCUACACGUGUGGCGCAAAUUAAUGGUUCUUCGUUGCCGUUCUCAUCAGUCCUCUCCUGUGCAUAUCGGGAACGAUAGCCUAA